AUGCAAUCCCUGCAUCUACAAGACGACAGCAAUGAUGAAAGUGUCUUUGAUGAAAGUGUAGAUGAAAGUGGUGAUGAUGUUUAUUGUGAAUCUGAUGCCAGUAGCACUAGUAGUUAUGAUGAUGAUGGUGACAACAUUGAUCAAGCAUAUUACUUGCCACCAGAAUUUGAUCAACUGAACAUUUCAUGUGAUAAAGACUUUUUGGAUCAUGAAAAUGAUGGCAUUGAUUCAACACUGAUUGAAUCAGUUGAUAUGGACACUAGUUCAACUGAAGGAUUAGGAUCCAUUGAAUGUAACAUACCUUCAAUGUCAUAUGAACAGCCUGAUUUAGUGGAGGGAAACGAUCCUUUGACCAGACUUCUUCUAGCUGGCUACGAGAAUUGUAAGGUUGCAGAUGUUGAUGAAGAGCUAUCAUUAGUUAAUGAGAAGAAAUUUAUAUGUAGUAUGUCAAGCAUGCGAGAACUGUUUGCCUUUUGUGUGGACAUUGACUGUAAAAUGCCAUUAACCGAUGUAAAAGAAUCAUUUGUCGGCUGUGUUCUUGAGAUAAGAUGGAAAUGUAAAGUUGGUCAUUGUGGUGAAUGGAAGUCAAGCAAAAUGGUGAAGAAGUUGUAUGUGAACAACUUACUGACUGCAGCCGCAUUAUUAUUCACUGGCAAUAACUACACAAAGCUGGCGUAUUUUCCAAAUGUCUUUCGUUGGCAUUCUUUGGCUCGUCAUCUUUCCACCAGUACCAAAAGCUGUACCUAG